AUGUUGCAUGUUUCUGUGCUGUGGAUCUACCUCCUGCUGCCUUCACUGCUCUGUGAGAACCUGCUUUGUUACUACAGUCCAGUCCUGGAGAAAGAAUUAGAGGGGACGUUGUUUGAGCCCAUUUUGACAGAGUGUCCUCCUGAGGAGGUGUGCUACAAGGCAGAAGGUCUCUACGGUAACUUCAGUGCCCUGUUGGCUCGGGGCUGCAUGCCAAGGAGGGAAUGUGGCCAGGUGGAUAAAGUCAGAGUCAAAGGAGUCAUCUACACCAUGCACAGGACUUGCUGUGAUUCGCCUCACUGCAACAUCUGUACGGGCAUCACAGUCACAUCUGCUCUACUGUUCAUCACCGUAGCAGUGACGGUGGGGAUCAUGUGA